UAAUUUAAGAGGUCAUGCAUGCUCUUAUUCACUAAGAUGCUCUACUUGGCUUUGAACUGGUGGAUGCUUUUGUGAAUUGGUAUUUCCUUAAAGGGUCUACACUUUAGGGUCCUAAGAUAACAAAGAGAAAUAAAAAACUUAAGCCAUUUUAUUAAUUAAUGUUUAUACAACUGAGAAGGCUGUUAGUAUCCUAAUCCAAACCUGUUCCACAAAGAGAAACCUUCAUAAAAACUGUUAGUCCUAAUGAAUUCUUAAGUCUUUUCUCAGCCAUUUCUUCUCUUCAGUCAUAACCUUAUUUCAUGGGAUGUCAGAGGAGACAUCUAUGAUUUCUUCAUAACUCCAUCCCAACACUUUUAAACCUUUCAAGUGGCCUAAAAUUUGCAUAUUUGAAGAGAGGAAAAGAGAGGUUUUCUAAAGCUACUAAUUGAAGCAACCAAAAGAACAAAAAAGUCAAUUAUGUAAUUGCUAAAUGUUUCAAAGUAUAGCUGAAAUACAGAAAGAUGUGGAAUACAGGUUACCAUUCACCGUAAACAACCUGACAAUUAACAUUAAUAUAUUGCUUCCUCCACAAUUUCCUCAGGAAAAACCAGUGAUCAGUGUUUAUCCACCAAUACGACAUCACUUAGUGGAUAAACAAGGAGUGUAUGUUACCUCUCCAUUAGUAAACAAUUUUACAAUGCACUCAGAUCUUGGGAAAAUUAUUCAGAGUCUAUUGGAUGAGUUUUGGAAGAAUCCUCCAGUUUUAGCUCCUGCUUCAGCAGCGUUCCCAUACCUGUACAGUAACCCAAGUGGGAUGCCUCCUUAUGCUUCUCAGGGUUUUCCAUUUCUUCCUCCAUAUCCCCCGCAAGAAGCUAACAGGACUAUCAGUUCUUUAUCUGUUGCUGACACUGUUUCUUCUUCAACGACAAGUUAUACCACAGCCAAACCUGCUGCUCCUUCAUUUGGUGUCCUUUCAAAUCUGCCAUUGCCCGUUCCCACAACAGACACUUCAGUACCGGUAAGCCAAAAUGGUUUUGGUUACAAGAUGCCUGAUAUCCCCGAAGAAUUUCCUGAACUCUCAGAACUAAGUGUAUCACAACUUACAGAUAUGAAUGAACAAGAGGAGGUAUUACUAGAACAGUUUCUGACUUUGCCUCAACUAAAACAAAUUAUUAUUGACAAGCAUGACUUAGUAAAAAGUAUUGAGGAGCUAGCAAGAAAAAAUCUCCUUCUGGAGCCCAGUUUGGAAGCCAAAAGGCAAACUGUUUUAGAUAAGUAUGAAUUACUUACACAAAUGAAAUCAACUUUUGAAAAGAAGAUGCAAAGGCAGCAUGAACUUAGCGAGAGCUGUAGUGCAAGUGCCCUACAGGCAAGAUUGAAAGUAGCCGCACAUGAAGCUGAGGAAGAAUCUGAUAAUAUUGCAGAAGAUUUCUUGGAGGGAAAAACUGAUAUAGAUGAUUUUCUCAGUAGCUUCAUGGAAAAGAGAACAAUUUGCCACUGUAGAAGAGCCAAGGAAGAGAAACUUCAACAAGUGAUAGCAUUGCACAGCCAAUUUCAUGCUCCACUAUAGAUUUUCCUGAAAACAUGAACUGCCAAGAGAGGAAUGGAACACAAAACUAAGCACAUUUAUAGUUAUGAUUUGCAAAUUGGCAUUUCAUCACAGUGGCUGAAUUCAUAGAUAUACUAUAUAGAUUGUAUACAGAACUGAGACUGAUUUUGUACAGAUUAGAAUGAUUGCUAUGAUCUUUGCUUUGAGAAAUUUUUCUGUGUUAUUUGCACUAAAAAUGUUUAUUUAUUGUUGAUAAGUCCUAUCAUAUUUAAGUUCCACUGCUGUUCCUCUCUUACUAUUGAUUAAAUACCUAUGCAUGUAAUUUUAGCUAGUUUCACUAUUUUAUAAAAUUACUUCAUUUAAAUUUGUAAUUUUAAUUUGAAACUGCCUCAUUUCUUUAUUAAGAAUGGUUUAGGUUUUUUCCUCUCAACCUUUUUUGAAAAAUGACUAUUUCAGUUGUAGAAUCUUAUUUUUCCUCUUUCUUUCUGGGUGAUAAAACUUUCAAAAAUAAUUUGUUUUUAAAUAUCCACAGUGUUGGGAAACACCAAACCUGCCAAUGUGCCGUCUCAAGGAAGUAACUUUUAAUACAUACAAUAAAUCAAAAGAAUAAACCACCUGUAUUUACAUAUUAUUGUUUUACUUUUAAAGUUAAAGAUGCAUUUCAGAAGCAAUACAGGUAAAUAAAUAUUUAAUAGAAAAAACUGCUUUUCAUUUAAAUUAGUCAAACACAAACUGUCAUGCUAACUUUUUUUUUUGGCAGCACCACAUGGUUUGCGGGAUCUUAGUUUCCCAACCAGGGAUUGAACCUGCACCCUCAGCAGUGAAGGUGCAGAGUCCUAACCACUGGACCCCCAGGAAAUUCCCUCAUGCUAACUUUUUAAAUAUAAGUAUCUGAUGGGUUUGUGGUUGGAUAAGGAUACGCUCUCUAAAUUCCUUACGUUGAAGUUUAAAACAAUAUUUUUGUUAAUAGUAAAGCUAAACACAAAAAAGUCAGUGAAUUUUUCUGAUCUUUACUGUGUUAGCUUUUCAUAACAGAAAAACUUUAAUAAUAAAUAAUAUUAAUUUUUAGGCAGUCUAGUUUUUAAUUUAAUUGGGUUUUCGCUUUAACUUGUGCUAUGUUAAAACAGUUUGCUUUUAUACUACGUUACAGAAUGAACAUAUUUUAUGGGUAGCCAUGAAAGCUAAUUAAGUAGAAAAUCUUGAGCUAGAUAAUCUGAGACUUGGUAAAGUAAUAUCCAAAUCACAAAACAACCUAAUGCCUAUUUUUAUCUAAAUUUAAUCCCAGUAUGAUUGCCGUUCCAAACAGCAGCAUACAGUACAGCUUUUUCUUUUCUUUUUUCUUUCUGUACAUGUUUCUGGCAGUAGAACUUAAGGAAAAACAAAAUUUUUUUCUUCGAAUUGAAAAAUACUUAAAACUUUGUGUUUGUGGAAGGGCAAGUAUUCACGUGGACUAUAAAGAUAUAAUUUGGGUAAAAAAAUUAACUUUUUUUAAAUCACCUGUCUUCUUGGUACUGUGCUAAGGGCAUGCCAUUUAAUUUUCAAAAUGACCAGAAGAGGAAGGAACAAUUACUAUUCCGGAUGUAUAGAUGAGGUAACAGAGGUAAGUGUUUCAGAUCUGUGGCAGUCUUCUGGGUAUUCAGAAACCUCUCCUUACUGCACUGGCCACAGAAGCCUCAGCUUUCCCAGCAGUCACCACAGUGGAGGACAUAAUAGUCCCAAUCUUCUGCAAACAAUCAGGAAGCUUUUCUGAGAAACCAGGCAGAGCCCAGAACAAGAGACCAGCAGACCACAGCCAUUAAUUCAUUUGAUCUACUAAUGUUAUUAAGCCCCUGCUAAGAAUGAAGCACUGUGGAAAUACUAUACAAUGAUGACUCAAACAUGGUCAAGGUAUUUAGGUAUUCAUCUACCUUUUCUACCACUCAAAAAAAAAAAAAAAGUCAUUUUCUUACAUAGUAAAUCUCUUCUACAUAAUCACAUAAGUAAUUCAUCUCAAUGUUUUUUAUUCUUUAAACUUGAACUAUCCAAGUUUCAUUCCAUACCAGUUAACAUACCUUGGUUUCUCCUUCUAAAAUUAAUUCAUUAGAUUAAUAAAUUAUAACCCAGUCAUUAAAAAGAGGAGCCUGAUCAUCAUUACCUACAUUUAACCGACAAAUCGGUUUAGAUAAUAGGUCGUAUCAGUCAUCCAGCAUGGAAAAAUAGUCUGCAUUUGAAUAUGUAUGAAUUUUGGUUCUGUUAUUACAAUAAAAAUUUAAAUGACUUUUCUAUAAUUUUAUGGUUAUAUUAUUUUCUUCUUAGAAUUGGCCCUAUUGGAGAAGCAGUGCCAGAGGGAGAAAAAAAAUGCCUGCCAAAGCAGAGAUUCUGAUUUUACUUUAACAAAUAAUAGACGACUAGAUGGAAAUCAGAAUAGUAGAGAAAAGCUUAGGAGUUAUUAGAUUAUUCAGAGUAGGAGUUUGUCAUGGGUAGAAAUUUAAAGGCUAAUAUCUCCAAAGUAGAAGAAAAUUUUCUGAAUAAAUGUGAUAACGUGCUAAACAAUGUUUUGACGUUGGAAGGUUUUCUAGGAAUAAUCUAGACUAGGAAAUUUAUAUUGAAAUAGAGAUUGUUUGACAGGUAAGUCUGAUCAUAAUUCAUAUAUGCUUAAGUUGAAGGACAGCUCAGAUUCAUUUUUAGGGAAAGAAAAACUAAUCAUGUGCUCUUGAAGAAUAAAAACCUAUGCCAGGGUUUCCCUUCUCUUAACUUUUCUUUAUUCUAAAAAAGUUCCUUUGUUGAUUGCUGAUCAAAAUGCUUACCUACUUCAUAUCAUUAAAUUUUCCUGCAAAUCACUAAAUAAUAAGUCACUUGAGCUCUAAAUAUUACUAGUUGGGAAGUAAUCUGUUUUGAGUCAGUUUCACAUUGGUUUAAGCCAACUGCUGUAAAUAAAGCACUUCCUGAUUGAUGAUGUAAAAGGAGAAUGCACUGUUAGAGAUUUUAGUCUUGUUGGAUUGGCUGUGCUCUUUUAAGGCCCUGUCCAGCAUAAUAAAAUUUUAAUAAGCAAUAAAUGUAAUCUCUUUUUAUAAAUUUCAGUGUUAGGUUAACUUCUAAUAAGUAGUCUAAAUGAACAUAUGCUUGAAUUAUAAUGUUUUGUAAAAUAUUUGGUGGGGGCUGAAAAAAAGUUUGAUGUGAAAGAUCACAUUAAAGAACUACAUUUUAAAAUAUCAAAUAUUUAUACUAUUUGCUUUUCAAAAUAAAUGCAUAAUUCUGUUGGUAUAGUUACUGUGUCAUUUUUUUUAAUUUGUUAUUUAUUUUUGUAGAUGUGUACUGCCAAAUGGAAGAAAUUAAAGUCUCAGCCUCAGUAUUAGGCAAAGAAGUUUCUAAGAGUUGAUAAUCAACUACAAGAGUGGUAUGAAGGCCUCGAGUUCUUCCUCCAGCUGCUGGGUUUCCUCCUUCACGGCCAUAAGGUAAUCUGUGACUGACUGUCGGGGCUGCAGUCCCUUUUCAAAGCGGUUAUACAUUCCACUCCAAAACCUGGAGGGGAUGGCAAGAGCCUCAUGAAACACCAUGUCACAAUCUGUACGUUCUCAUUCUCAGAAGUCUCCUAAGAAUCUUUCAAAACACAGUCCUAAUAAUAACCAAAUGCAAAGUACAGGCUCAAAAAAGCCAAUCACUAAAGGUAAUGAUUUCAUGUUGUUAUUUUCAUUUUCUUGAAUCAGUAGACUUCUUUGGGGGUGAGUAAAUUCAUGAAGAGGCUACUUGUAUAGAUGGUACUGAAUUAGAAGAUACAUAAUAUAUUUUUCUAAAAUAGACUGAAGCAACAUGUUACCAUUUUCUUUUUUUUUUAAUGGCUUAAGAGAAUAAUGUUUAUAUUAACAUUCAGAAUCUUUCAGCCACAAAGGAGUCUUUUAAAUUUGAGGUUUUUAGCUUGUUUUUAUCAUAACCACCAAAAAUUUACAUUUGCAAUAAAUCCUCCCUUUUUUAUCCUACACAGUAAAGCAUACUGGAGUGUAAAUGAGAAUAUAGGUAUACCGUGCUUUACUGUGCUUUGCAGAGAUUGCAUUUUUUUUUUUACAGAUUGAAGGUCUGUGGGCAGCCCUCUGUCAAGCAAGCCUAAUAGCACAAUUUUUCUAACAGCAUUUCCUCAUUUUGUGUCUCUGUGUCACAUCUGGGUAAUUCUCAGAAUAUUUCAAGAUUUUUCAUUAUUUUGUUGUGAUCAGUGAUCUUUGUUACUCCUACUACUCACUGAAGCCUGAAAUGAUGGUUAGCAUUUUUUAGCAGUAUAGUUUUGUGGGGUUUUUUUGGCACACGGGCUUAGUUGCUCCACGGCAUGUGGGAUCUUCCUGGAGUAGGGAUUGAACCCAUGUCUUCUGCAUUGGCAGGCAGUUUCUUAACCACUGCCCCACCUAGGAAGCCCCAGCAAUAAAGUAUUUUUAAAUUAAGGUAUAUACAUUGUUACUUUGUUUUUUAGACAUACUGCUACUACACACUUUAUAGACAACGUAAACUUAACUCUUAUAUGCACUGGGAAACUUUUAGUUUAAUUGACGUAACUCGCUUUUUGCGAUAUUCACUCUCUCGCAGUGGCUGGGAAUCAAGCCCACACUAUUUCCGAAUGUAAGCUGUGUCAUGAUCACUACCUAAACCUGCAAUUCCACAUUUAACAUCUAAGGGGCUUGGUUCAGUCAGUUCUUCCUUCCUUCCUUCCUCCCUCUUUCAUUUUUAAAUAAACUGGAACUUAUAUUUUUAGGAUAUCAUUGCUACAAAACAUCAACUUCUAAAGAGAAUUCCACAUUUAAGGAAGGAUGGAAGGAGAGGAGAGCAGACACUGGCAAAAAAAUGCCAGAUCAGAUAUUUAAGCAUCUUCUUUUGGUGUCUCUGUGUCUAGAAAAGCCUUGAAGCUCAUACACUUUAACCUCCAAAUGAUAGACAACACCAGUAUCUAAGUUCAUAACCAUACCUAUUAAGGUCCUACAAGUUUACAUACUUGUACAUGAAGUUGCAUGGUGUCGUAGGGAGAUUAAGGGUUCCUCGGGUCUGACUGUGAUCAGCUCUAAACAGAGGAUUCAAGUAGUCGGCCCGAUUCUUCCACAGGUGAGCCCAUAAAGAGUAUGUUCUUUCUUGAAUUCUGUUAUAAAGAUAAUAAGCCUGAAUCUGACUUAUUUUGGUUCUUAUAAAUAAUAGACGUGUCAUAUUAAAGCUGGAAAAGGGAUCAAAAAUUGUUAUCUGAAUAUCAGGUGUCCUUGUUCUCUAGCAGGGAAAUUAACAGUCUUUGUCUUCACUUCUUAGCAGAAGAACACUGUUAAUAGGCUCGGCUGCUCUGCUCUCUGUACUGGCCUCAGCAAGAUGUUUAACAACCCCCCCCCCCCC